ACCAUUGGACAGGGAAGAGCAACAAGAGGCGGGAGAGAACACACCUUAGUAACAGUAGUUACUCUUUAACUUGCCCUUCUGAGAGGCAGCCGUAUAGCACAACUCGUUCAACCUUUGAACACAGUUUUCCACGUCACAGACAAAGCUAAACGAAUUUCUAAAGCUGGUGAGAAAUCUGUGGGCACACAGAAACAGAGUGAUCUCUCAGGCUACGGGGAUUUCAUGGAUAGGUGACCAGUGCCUCACUGCGUUGUUAAAAGACCAGUCGGCAGACAUUUGUACCUGAGGAGGGACUUCAUAGUGUCACCAAGCGAAGCUCUGAAGAAUCAACUUCUAUGUGGACAACAGAACUUUUUUUUGACAACCACCUGCAACUGGGGUGAUGACCGGCCUUCAACAUCCUCUCCAAGUCUAACUGACCUUUUACCCAAUGAAGAUAAUAUAGAAAGCCAGCUCGUGAAUGGGAUGAACAAGAGAAAAUUCUAAGUUCUUCUGGAUCUUGUAGAAAGAAAGUGCACAAUAACAAUCUGAUGGUUCAAUGCAAGAGCUAAUGAUAACUUAAAAACAAAUGUUUGAUUAAGAAGCGGCGACUCACAAAGCCCUUACAACCCCUCACAAAAAAGACAGCACAAAUAUUAACAAAGUCAGAUGGAAUCAUCAGUAAAUGAAACAACUGCACAAACACCAACUAAAAAUGCUACAGUCACAGACAUGCCAACGACUCCCAGUCAUAACUGGGAGUUAAUGGUAGGCGUUUUAGUCACAGCCAUCUCUGUCUCCCUUCUCAUUGCUGUCCUGGCAAAAUGCCAGGUGAUUCGACGUUACCUGGCCAGCUACAGACACACAAGGCUGAGGGAGUCAGACGCUAUCAGCCAGAACGAACCACCAGGUUUAGAGGUGGAAUUUGACAUACGGGGGAGGCGUGAAAUGAGCCCUCACUCUCUCCCUCCUGUGAGCGAGGAGGACGAUGACGGCUUCAUUGAAGACAACUACAUCCCAGCGAGUGAAAGAGCCAGAGCUGAGCGAGCAGCUCAGAGCAUAGAAUUAGACACAGAGGAGGAGAUGGAUGAGAUUGAAUUUAGUAUCACUUAGGUACUUGGGUGGAGUGUUUCAACACAUAUUUUUACUGAGGAUUUGUUAGUCAGGCCAGUGCUCUUUGAGCCACAAAUUUCACUCCCUAUAUUUUCAUUUGUUCAAUGAGUUUUGAGAUGUCUUCUCUGACAAAAUGGCCAAUUGUUUAAAAAAUAGUUAAUGUGUCGGAAUGGUACAUUUUCAUAACAAAGAAAAUUACCAAUAAAAGCCUAACAAUGAUUUAUCGCAUCCUGUUUUCUGGAAACUGUACUGCUUUUGCAGAUACUGUUAUGAUAUUUUUCUGUCAUUAAUAUUCUUUUGUGGAAAAGUAAGAACCACCUCAGCAUCAGCUUGAAAUAUCCAAAGAUCCCAUCACAUUGUCUCCUCUUAAUACCUGCCCUGUGUUUUCUUUGAUAUUGUGGUUCUGAAAUUUGCAUCCUUGGUUCAGACAAAUAGCUUCCCAUAAACACUUCAAUAUGAAGCAGAAUUCUGAAUCAAAUGAACGACUUUAAGCAGUAUAAGUACAGUAUUCCAACAAUGCCAAAACCAUCGACAUAACUGAUAACAUUUAUUGAGAAGAAUUUCAUCUGUACAACCAAAGAGAAAAAUGCAGUUUACAAUCAAUAUUUAGAUGAACGUCUUAUAAAGUCUAAGAAAAAUUCCCGUGAGUUUUAUGAGGACUUAUAUGAGAACACAGUGUGAUGAUGACAAAGCAGGUUUUCUUGCAUGGUUAAGUCUGCCCAUUUAACUUUAUCAUAAUCAAAACCACUUCUAUCGACAAUGGAAUUGUUCAUAUGUAUGUCCUAAUUAGUUUGUUUACUUUCUGAUUUGUGGAAAUAAAGAUGUCCACUUCUUUUUCCAUUAUAUACACAUUUCGUGGGUGGUUAAUAAAUUUGCUUGUACCUUUUACAGCAAAGCGGUUCCUGACUAAAAUCUUGUUCGCACUGUCAUAAUAAGAGUGAAAAAUUAAAGGCAAAUGUUAGUAUGAGUUGAUUUCAGAUAUAAACGAGAAGUGGUUAUACAUUUUUUAACAUGUUGAGCUCAAUUUUUUUCUACAAAUCAGAAGUAAGAAAAUGAGUCAUAAAUGGUUAAGAAUAAGUUCUAGUGAAAUAUGAACCUAGUUUUAGAGCCGAAGCUUUGGAUGUUUAAAUGUAAACUGGAAAGACACGUCUGUUUGCAUUUGAUGGCUGGAUAUUGGGCUUAAACUGCACUGUUCUUUACUGAGCAAUUUAAAAGAUGAGUUGGUGUCUGCUUGUUGAAACACUUCAUUUGGAUGUUACUGUAUUUUUCUUUUUUAUCUUUUUCUAAAUAAUUUUGUGACUUUUUUGUCUGUUGCUUGGUAAUGAGUGCUUAAUAAUCACAGGAUUAAAAAAAUUUGAAACACUGAGGUGUAUGGUUUAUAAGCAGUACAAAUUAUCAUUCUAUCUUUUGACACUAUUGGGCUUAUCUAAUUAACUCAUUUAUUUAUUGAGUUGAAUGCACCACAAUGCAUACAAAUCUCAUCUAGUUAAAACUUGGAAUGAAACAAAAGUCAUGCAAAGUGGAGAAAAAUAUGUUUUGUAAAGAUAUGUUUUGUUAAAUUGUUUGUGUAUGAGUGCUUGUAAAUGCAUAAAAUAUGUGCUUAUGUAAAAAAGUUACAUAAA